CCAAAUCAAUGAAUAAAAUAUAGUAAUGGUAAUACCCAAGUAGUACAAGUCGGUGCAUUACAAACAUGUCUUCCCCACCAUCUAUCUCACCGCCCACCAUGAAGUCAUGAACUCACUCCUCCCAUCCCAUCCAUCUUCCUCUGCCUCUGGCCUCUUUCACUUCUCUCCCCAUCUUCCCUCUCUCUCUCUCUCUCUAUCCUUCUCUCCCUCACAAAAAAAAUUCACACAUUGAUAUAUAGAAUUCUGUAGAUCUCUUCCCACAGAUACAACCUUACCUACACAAAAAACACCAAAACAAAAAAAAAACUCAUUUUUAGAUUUGAGACACAGAGAGUGUGUGUGUGUGUGAGAGAGAGAGACAUCAUGGGACAAGAGAACAUAACUCAGAAGAGAAGCAGCGGCGGAGGAGGACCGGGUGGUGGGCUACCGACAACCACCGCGAACGGUGGAAGAGGGCGCAGUAGUACACUGUUGCCACGUGGCAGACAGCUCCACAAGACCUUCAACAACAUAAAGAUCACCAUCCUAUGUGGUUUCGUCACCAUCCUCGUACUCCGUGGCACCAUCGGCAUCGGCAACCUCGGCUCCUCCGGCGACGAUGCAAUGAACCAGAACAUCAUCGAAGAAACCAACCGCAUCCUCGCCGAGAUCCGGUCCGACUCCGACCCAUCUGACCCGGUCAACGAACCCGAAUCCUUCUUCAGCGUAAACGACACCUUCGCUCUCGGACCCAAGAUCUCUACCUGGGACCAAGACCGCAAAACCUGGUUAGAUCAAAACCCUGAGUUCCCUAACCAUAUUAAUGGUAAGCCUCGUAUCUUGCUUGUUACUGGGUCUCCUCCUAAACCUUGUGAUAACCCAAUUGGUGACCAUUACUUGUUGAAAGCUAUAAAGAAUAAGAUUGACUAUUGUAGACUUCAUGGGAUUGAGAUUGUUUAUAAUUUGGCUCAUUUGGAUAAGGAAUUAGCUGGGUAUUGGGCUAAAUUGCCGUUGCUUCGACGGUUAAUGUUGUCUCAUCCUGAGGUGGAGUGGAUUUGGUGGAUGGAUAGUGAUGCGCUUUUUACAGAUAUGGUUUUCGAGAUUCCACUUUCUAAGUAUGAUAAUUAUAAUUUGGUUGUCCAUGGGUACCCGGAUUUGAUGUUUGAGCAGAAGAGUUGGAUUGCUCUGAAUACGGGUAGUUUCUUGUUUAGGAAUUGUCAAUGGUCCUUGGAUUUGCUUGAUGAUUGGGCGCCAAUGGGGCCUAAAGGGCCGGUUCGAGAGGAGGCUGGGAAGAUUUUGACGGCAAAUUUGAAGGGGAGGCCGGCUUUUGAGGCGGAUGAUCAGUCCGCCUUGAUUUACUUGUUGCUUUCGAAGAAGGAUCGGUGGAUGGAUAAGGUGUUUCUGGAGAAUUCGUAUUAUUUGCAUGGGUAUUGGGCGGGAUUGGUGGAUAGGUAUGAGGAGAUGAUUGAGAAGUAUCAUCCGGGAUUGGGGGACGAGAGGUGGCCAUUCGUGACCCAUUUUGUUGGUUGCAAGCCUUGUGGUAGCUAUGGGGAUUAUCCAGUUGAGAGGUGCUUGAGUAGCAUGGAGAGGGCAUUUAAUUUUGCGGAUAACCAGGUGCUGAAGCUGUAUGGGUUUAGGCAUAGGGGAUUGUUGAGUCCUAAGAUCAAGAGGAUCAGGAAUGAGACAGUUGCUCCUUUGGAGGUUGUGGACCAGUUUGAUAUUCGGAGGCACCCUGUGCAGGGAAGCAGUAAAUCACAGAGCUAGCGAGUAAAACAUCUUCAGUGUGUGAUAAUUGGUAGGUAAUUAUGUAAUUCCUUAGUUAAAAAAGCAAAAUUAAAUUUGAUAACAUUCCAUGUCUAAGUGUUUUUGUUUGUUAUGUCAGUACUGUUGUCAGGAACCAUAGCAUAGAAUUCUUUUUUAAACUUAAAUUCUUCUUUUUGAUUUGCAAUGUACUGCCUGUUUCAAUUUUUUGUUUCCCUGGCAAGAAACAUUAAUGUAUUUUGCACAUUUUUAUUUAAAAGUAUACAAUAUGAAUAUUUUAGUUCA